GCACCCAAUCUCAAUUGUCAAAUCAAAAGCAAACUGAUUUGCAAACCGCAAACAAAUAUUAUAAAGCGUUGAAUUUACAUGUUACAGUAUUCGGAAACUAACUUUUCUAAUUGACUUUAUCUAAUGAGCAAGUCAAAAGUUUCGGCAGAAUGGAAGAAACGAGUAAAAUCGGAGUAUAUGAGGCUUCGCCAAAUGAAGAGAUUCAAAAGAGCAGACGAAGUAAAGGUUGCAUGGGCGCGAAACCUACGUAUAAUGUCAGAGGCGAUAGAGGCGCGUGAAUCGGAGACUGCGGAGCGGGGGCGCAGGCCUUUUUGGCCUCCUCCGUCGCCCAGUCCUAGUCACGAAAGUCUUAUGAAAAGAGCUGAAGUUACAUAUACAGAUUCAUCAGGAGUUGUGACCACACAACAAGUGCCGAUUCGUAUCAUUAACUCUGUAAACCCCAUACCUACUAUGUACACAUGGGCACCAACUCAGAAGAAUUUCAUGGUGGAGGAUGAGACAGUGCUUCACAACAUUCCGUACAUGGGGGACGAGGUGUUGGACCAAGAUGGGACAUUCAUUGAGGAACUCAUUAAGAACUAUGAUGGAAAAGUUCAUGGUGACAAAGAAGGAGGUUUUAUAGAUGACCAGCUGUUUGUGGAUCUGGUACAUGCUUUGAUGACAUAUCAGACAAAAGACGAGGUUGCUGAAGAGAGAAAGGAGAGAGAGCUACGUAACUCUAAAGAAGAUAAAGAUAAAGACACAAAUAAAGAAGGUAAAGAGAAGGAAAAGGACAAAGAAGAAGUUAAGGAUGGUGACAAGAAAGCAGUUGUUGACAAGCAGUUCCCAAUCUUCACCAUAUUCCAAGCUAUCAGCUCACAGUUCCCUGACAAGGGCACCGCUCAGGAAUUAAGGGAGAAGUACGUGGAGCUGACGUCACUGCGCGACCCGGACGCGCUGCCUCCUGAGUGCACUCCCAACAUUGACGGCCCGCUGGCAGAGUCAGUCCCUCGCGAGCAGACCAUGCACUCCUUCCACACGCUCUUCUGCAGGCGCUGCUUCAAGUACGACUGCUUCCUGCACCGUUUACAAGCGUGCCAUCCCGGACCCAACCUGACCAAGCGCAAGGGACCUGACCUCAAGCCCUUCGCUGAGCCCUGCGGAGCCAGCUGCUACAUGCUCUUGGAGGGCAUGCGGGAGAAGCUGGCGCGGGAGCAGGCGGCGGGCGAGGAGGAGUCGGGCAAGACGCACGCCAUCGACUCUCCCAACGAUGCCUCCUCCGAGGACAGCAACGACAGCAACAGAUACCAAAAAGGUAGCAACAGCAACUCCAGCAACAGCAACUGGAGCUCCAACGGUGUGGGCAAACCUGCAGAGCCCGCCACAUCAGCAGACCCCGCGUACAACGCACUCGGUCUGACGGUGGGUGACAUAGAGUCGGAGUGGACGGGCUCGGACCAGUCUCUGUUCCGCGCGCUGCACAAGGUCUUCCUCUCCAACUACUGCGCCAUCGCACAGCUCAUGCUCUCCAAGACUUGUCAGCAGGUGUACUCGUACUGGAUCCGCACCGGGCAGGAGGAGUGCCGCGUGGAGGCGGAGCUCACCCCCCCGCGCAAGAAGAAGAAGAAGCACCGCCUGUGGUCCGUGCACUGCCGCAAGAUACAGCUCAAGAAGGAUUCCGCCUCGCACCACGUAUACAACUACACGCCGUGCGACCACCCCAACCAGCCGUGCGACAACAUGUGUCCCUGUCUGCAGUCACAGAACUUCUGCGAGAAGUUCUGCCAGUGCAGCAGCGACUGUCAGAACCGUUUCCCCGGAUGCCGGUGCAAGGCGCAGUGCAACACGAAGCAGUGCCCGUGCUACCUGGGAGUGCGCGAGUGCGACCCCGACCUGUGCGUGGCGUGCGGCGCUGACGCCCCCGCCCCCGCACCCGCACUCGCCCUCGCCCUCGCCCCCGCCCAGCGUCACCACGCGCACGUCUACUGCCGCAACGUCUCCGUGCAGAGAGGUUUGCACAAGCACCUGCUGCUGGCGCCGUCGGACGUGGCGGGGUGGGGCAUCUUCCUGAAGGAGGCUGCUCACAAGAACGAGUUCAUCUCUGAGUACUGCGGCGAGAUCAUCUCACAAGACGAGGCAGACCGCCGCGGCAAGGUGUACGACAAGUACAUGUGCUCCUUCCUCUUCAACCUCAACAAUGACUUCGUGGUGGACGCGACGCGCAAGGGCAACAAGAUCAGGUUCGCGAACCACUCCAUCAAUCCCAACUGCUACGCCAAGGUGAUGAUGGUGAACGGUGAUCACCGCAUCGGCAUCUUCGCCAAGCGCGCCAUACAACCAGGAGAGGAAUUGUUCUUUGACUACAGAUACGGACCGACGGAGCAGCUGAAGUUCGUCGGCAUAGAGCGGGAAAUGGAAUUCUUAUGAGAACAAAGCAAACAGUGACUUGUGUCACUAACACUGCGUUCCCACUGCCAAUAAACAUUGGAGAAUAAUAUAUUGUUUACAAUGAACAUGUUUCCCACGCGGCAGUGGAAACAGACUCGUCAACAAGUGCCUGGUGACGUGUGCACAUGACGUAGUGAUGAUUCACUCGUCACUAAGACUUUUUGUAUUUUAUUAUUUACAUAUAACGUGAUAUAAAUUGUAACAAUGUAUUCUUUUAGUCUUAACAAUUUGACAAUUACAUUUUUGCUACAAUCAA